UAGAGGAGGAGGAGCCGCUGUGGGGUGAUGGGGCGUUGCAAGUUGCGUUGCGUUCCAGCUGCAAUUGCGUUGCAUUGCAGGCUGCAAGGGAGGAAGAUUGGUUGGCUUAAGGCCGUAGCAGAAGGCAAAAGAUGGAUGUUGAAAAUCCCCUCAAGGAAAAAGUCCUCAUUACAGGAGGAAGCGGUUACUUUGGUUUCCGUCUAGGUGUGGCUCUUACCAAGAAGAACGUGGAUGUCAUUCUGUUCGAUGUCUCAAAACCCAUCCAGGAGAUGCCCGAAGGAGUCGUGUUUGUGCAGGGCGACGUCCGGGUCCCCUCUGAGGUGGAAGGUGCUCUCCGGGGUGUCACCUGCGUCUUCCACAUUGCUUCGUACGGCAUGUCCGGCCGGGAGCAGUUGAACCGGAAACGUAUCGAAAACAUCAACGUGAGAGGCACCGAGAACGUCAUCCAAGCUUGCAGGGAAAUGGGAGUCCCAAAGCUCGUUUACACGAGCACGUACAAUGUAGUCUUUGGGGGUCAGGUAAUAGAAAAUGGGGAUGAGUCUUUGCCUUAUCUACCUCUCCAUCUGCACCCCGACCAUUAUUCAAGGACCAAAGCCUUAGCAGAGAUGAAGGUUCUGAAGGCCAACGGGAUGGUGCUCGGGAAGGGUCAGGGGGUCCUGAGAACCUGUGCCUUGAGACCUGCUGGCAUCUAUGGCCCAGGGGAACUGAGACAUCUUCCAAGGAUUAUCACCUAUAUAGAACGGGGAUGGUUUCGGUUUCUGUAUGGGGAGGGCAGCAGUCGAGUAGACUUUGUCCAUGUGGACAACCUGGUGCAAGCUCACCUUUUAGCUGCAGAGGCUUUGGGAACGAGUAAGGAGCAUAAGGCUGCGGGCCAGGCUUACUUCAUCUCUGACGGAAGACCGGUCAACAACUUUGAGUUUUUCCGCCCUCUGGUGGAAGGCUUAGGCUAUCCGUUCCCGACGCUCCGGCUCCCUCUGAAGCUGAUUUACUGCUUUGCGUUCCUCACCGAAGUGGUUCAUUUCAUGGUGGGGCGGUUGUAUAACUUCCAGCCUCUCCUCACUCGGACGGAGGUUUACAAAACAGGGGUGACUCAUUAUUUCAGCUUGGAGAAGGCCAGGAGGGAGCUGGGGUAUGAACCCCAGCAGUACCGCUUCGAAGAAGUGGUUGAGUGGUUUAAAGCCCGUGGCCACGGACGGAAGCGUGGAACGUAUGCGGUGAAACACUUUUUGAGGGAUGCGCUGCUGGUCCUUCUGUUCGCUGUGGUGGUCCUGUCGUGGUUUCCCAGAAUAGUAAAAGCAGCUGACCUGAACCCUGGAGGCUAAGAACCCAGGCUUCCAUGGACCAAAGUAAGACUUAUAUCAAGAGUUAAUCUUCCUUUGUGUCUUCUGACAGAGGAUGCCAAUUAGUACUUAAGAUGCACUGAAAAAAAAUAAAAAAACCCAAAGCUGAAACUAA